CCUCAUCGCAUACCGGCAGUUUGUAUAGGUGUUCUGUGGUACCGUAUGCACAGCGCCUCUGCUCCCUCGCAUACCUGGGUAGCUUUUCUCCUCGAGCGACCCCCGUUGCCGAUGCAAAGUGUUCACCGGCUCAAAGGCUGAUCGCGGCGCCCUCGGGGUAGAUGUGCAGGCGCAUGAAGGCGCCUUUUGCAUCGGUCGACUGGUGUGGACGCCAGCGGAGACGCAUUUUUGGAGCUUGCGGCAUCGUAAUCCAAGCGGAAACGGGAACGGGACGUGUUGGUGCUUGUGGUGGCGAAACCGUCUUCCUCCAGUGGUGCGGUGCGCAAAGUGGGCUCGGUGAUGUGUGCAAAAAAGCACAGCCUUUCUCGCGGUGAUCGGUGAUGCGUGCGCCGGGGCGGGCGAUAGGAGUGAGGUGAUAGCGUCGCCGAUAGCGUGGUGGUGACGACCCCAGCAGCGCUAACGCUCCAUCCACGCCGUGCACCCGCCGGCCCGAGGGGCUUCCAAGACGAGGUGAGUCAGCAGUUUCCGCUUGACCUCGGGGGUGGCCGAAGAGCGUCCGUCUCGGUCCAAAUUGUGCCCCCCUCGCCGGAAGCGCAGUCUGCUGCUGCGUGACCACUGUCGUACGCCUUCGCGAGCGGGGUUAUGCACAGUCUUCGACGGGCAGCGCCAUGCUCAAAGCCGACGGCGACUCAGCGGUAGUGCUCCCACCGGCCAGGCAUGCAGUAAGCAGUGGCCAAGCCAUGGGAGGCUGCUGCCACCGGGCGGGGCUCGGGCGCAGGGGCCGGUUGCUGCUCAUGUUUGGCAUGACGACGGCCUUCUUCCUCGUCGAGAUCAUUGUCGGCUAUGUCACCAACUCUAUGGCCCUGGUGGCCGACUCUUUCCACAUGCUGUCUGAUGUCAUAUCGCUCGUCAUUGCCUUCCUUUCCAUCAAGAUGUCUCCCAAGAAGUGGUCUAAAAACACGUUUGGCUGGGCUCGUGCCGAAGUUCUGGGAGCGCUGGUGAACGCCGUGUUCCUGGUGGCCCUGUGCUUCUCUAUCCUUGUGGAGAGCCUCAAGCGCUUCUACAAGCCCGAGAUCAUCGACGAGCCAAAGCUCAUCCUUUAUGUUGGCAUUGCCGGCCUCAUUGUCAACAUGAUUGGCCUCUGCCUGUUUCGUGAGCAUGGCCACAGCCACAGCCGGGGCCACCACCACAGCCUGCCCACGGUGGAGGAGGUUGUACUCCAGGGCCUCGAGGAAGACAUCAACGACAACCGCUUCCGCAUUGGGGGUGACGAGGGCUCUGCCGGCCGUGGCACGGCACCAUCUUCCACGGGUGGCCAGCUCAACAUCCGAGGCGUCUACCUUCACAUUUUGGCUGAUGCCCUUGGCUCGGUGGUGGUCAUCAUCAGCUCACUGGUCAUCUGGCUCAGCACCUGGGAGCAGCGGUACUACGUGGACCCUGCCCUCAGUCUCAUCAUGGUGUGCCUCAUCAUGAAGUCUACAUCUCCUCUAUUGGUGGACUCGGCACUAAUCCUGCUGCAGACUGUGCCGACACACAUCCAGAUUGACUCCCUGCAGAAGAAGCUUCUGCAGGAGGUGGAAGGGGUGCUGGCCGUGCAUGAGUUCCACGUGUGGCAGCUGGCAGGCGAGCGCAUUAUCGCCUCAGCCCACAUCCGCUGCAAGAACCUGCAGGACUACAUGCACAUCGCCGAGCGCGUCAAGGAGUUCUUCCACAACGAAGGCAUCCACUCCACCACCAUACAGCCCGAGUUUGUCCAGCUCGAAGGGCAGCAGAGUGACGACAAGGACUGUGUCCUGGACUGCCCCAGCCGCACCAACUGUGUAGCCCAGACCUGCUGCGGGCCUCGAGGCAAAGAGGGCGUCCCUGAUGCACCGGCACCUACAGAUGAGACUGUGUUGCGCCAACGACCUUCGGCCGAACUGAGCACUCCUGCUUGAAUGCGGCUGUCAUCUGUGGCCAGUGUGCAGGAUUGAUCUGCUGGCGAGUGGGCCAAUGUGUGGAGCAACACUUGUUGCCGUGGUUGACGCUGGCAGAGCGUCGGAUGUGUCUGGAGACUAACACCGCCACGGCUGCUCCGAAUCAGUUGUUGCCGUGCAGGGCUACGUGCAAGCCAGAGCAGCACGAAGCAAGGAUGGCCAAGCCUUCAGCUGCGAUGAGUAGUGUAAGUUUUGGGAGAAGGUUGUGGACUAGGAAGGACGCCUGCCACCAAAGAGCUGGCAGUACGGAUUUCACAUUUGUUGUGAGACAUAAGUCACCAAAUAAAAGUCAAGCCACGCUAUAGUGUUGGCACUAAUUUCA